AAGAAAAACCGGGAGAAUAUGCGUAUUUAUUUAAUCAGCCGGUAGAAUUUCAUAUUUCGUAAAUUUUUCCUCUCCUGGUUUAUAAUUUUUAAAUUAUAAAUAUUUAACAGUUUUGAAUUAGGUUGAACAAUUAUCAUUGGUCGUAGUACAUUUUCGUUAGUUAGAAUUAAUUACCAAUUUUGAAAUUCACUUCAAUCCCUGUCUAAAAAAAGGUGAACCAAGAUCUGUUCGUAGUUCGUGGUUUACGGAUAAAAAUUAAUAAGAAUGCAGACCGAGGUUGAUCAAGCGGCCACACAAUUGGAGAAUUUUGACCUUGUCGAUGACAUCGAUGUUGACGUGGCGACGAAGGCUUUGCUCAAUCCGCUGAUCCUGCACAAGGUCUUGCGCUCCUUGGACGUCCCUACUUUAAAGUCCGUUCGGCUCGUGUGCACCCUUUGGGCCGACGUGGGCGCCACUUAUCUCGGGAAGAAGGGUUGCCUCGCAAUUGUGUCAUGUAGGGAUGUGUCAACGCCAGUAUCCAUAAAAUGUGAACAGCAGUUGAUUUUAUCCAAUCAUGACCUGGCCAAAAGCAUACGAUUAAUAUACAACAGAUACUGUGACUGCAUCGUUAUUUGCACAUGUUCUUAUUUGACCUGUCUACCCUCCAACCUGGUCCGAAUUUUGCCCGAGAUAUCUGACAAGUUGGAAACAUUCGAAUUCUGCGGUGUCAUGGCGUUUGGACCCCUACAAGAACUUUGGAGUACUUACGAUUUCCCAAACCUGACUCACAUCUAUAUCGACGCCGAGGGAGAUGAGUUCGAUAAAAUGGCAACGCCAUCGAAAAUGCCUCAAUUUCUACUCCUCCCAAAUCUCAAAGUAUUUACAUUGCAUAUGUCGCCCAACUGUAGCAAUGAUCUGCCGAGGGCCAUGAUGUCCAUCAUGUGCCAAAACCUGGUCAACUUGGCCCCCAACUUGGAAGAAGUCGACCUUACCGCAGGUUUCUACUUGGAUUUGGCGAUAUGCGAAAAACUGAAAAAGUUAAGAUUCCAUUAUUAUCCUUGGGGUUUUGAAAUCGACAUCUCUAAGGUUGAGAAAAUGCUGGAAAGUUGUCGAAAUUCUGUGGAAAAUUUGUCCUUGGAAUAUCUUGGCUGGAGUUAUGAUUACCCGGUCGAGCUGAAUUUCCACUUCCCCAAUCUCACCCACCUCGGACUUCUUGCUGCCGACGUGUAUUUCAUCAAGAACUCGCUGAACAUCACCAAUCUCCCAAAAUUGACACGUUUAUCCAUAGAGACCAACAGCACUGAAUUCCACGAUGACGUUGAUCUUGACUCCGUGCGUGACAUUUCUGCACUGCUUGAGGGCUACCAUUCGCGCCACGGUGGGAUAACAUCGCUCGAUAUUCGUUGCGCCCAUCAUCCCCAAUUUAACAACGUGGAUGAACAGGCUCCCCGCAUACUGGUGUAUCUCUUCCCAGCCGUGAAGGAAUUGAAAUUAAACUUGAGGGUUGAAUUCCAAAGCGAUUACGACCAAUAUUUUUUGUCGCUGGUGGAAACGAUGCGAUCGUUCAACGAUUGGGAGUUGACCUGUGGGCAGGUUCAGUUUGACAUUGCGACGUCUUAUCGGACUCCUGCAACAAUUUAUGACCAUGAAUUUGGUUCCUUACUGGUCAUUGCGGUAUUGGGAGGAGUGACGGGAUGGAGAGGUUUGUCGAAUACGUCACUUCAAUUUACUGGACAUCGGCGUGACCGGCAUCGUCACGCAGAGUUUAGACUGUUGGACGAGAUGCGAGAUGCCCUUCUGUCAUGCAGGGCGGCUCGAAGCGUGACUAUUGCUGGAUUUCUGAUGGAUCAGGAGACGAAGGACAAUUUUCAGACGUUUAUUCGGGAGAAUAAUUUGCCAAUUAGUGUCAGGGAUUAAAUAAUGCUGCAAGUAUGUAUUAAGCGGGUAGAUUACUUGAAUUGUAAAAAUAUCGUCACUUCUUUAUCAGUCCACUUUUGUUUGUUCAUUUAUUGCGUUAAAAUAUGUCCUAAACAUUACUAAAAUGUGGAAUUUAAUUAGCCGUGUAUUACGUAAAGUUUUUUCCAUGUUUUAAUUAAUAAUUCACGUUUUUUGUGUAUUUAAUAUUUUAUGCAAGAAAGAACUUCUUUGUGCCUUUGCUUACUUAUUAAUAAGCUUAUGUCAUCCUACGAUUUUUAAAAAUAUGUGUCACUGUCACGACGUUUAUUUAUUCGCAUCAGAAUCAAUAUAAAAUUCUUUGUUAACUCAAACACUUCUAUUUUGUCAAGCUAUUAAGUUUAGUUAUAUUGUUUGUUAAUCAAAAAACAUACAAAGUUAUUUACCAAGCCUAUAAAAAUUUCAGAUGUUGCAAAUUAUUUCGCACUCUUUCAAACAACAAGUCAAUUUAAACCAGAGUUUAUUAAUUAUAAAUGUGUCGAAACUUAAAAUUUGUCAAUUAUCUAAGUAAGCACAAAUUAAUAGACAAUGUAUUCUUUAAAGUAUGAAAAUGUGACGUAUAUUUUUUUUGACAAAUAAAUUGUACUUGAAUAAAUA